UUCGCUUUCCCGAAAUUAAUUCGGUUCUGUCUAUGGCCGAAUUUGGGGUACCGCAACAAAUUAGGUCGAUUUUCCAGGCCAAAAUGGACCCUCAAUGAGGUUUCGAAGUCCUCUCCAGAACAGUCAUGUGACCAGCGAGUUUUUUCUUUUACGUUUCAUUCAUUGUUUCGAGUUUCGGUUGAGUAGUGUGUUUGGUGACCCUGGAAAAAGAAACCGCGUGUUGAAGUGUGGAGUUGUUUGUAUGGACUGGUUCGCUCCACAUGUAGCUUAGCAGACGAUUUUGAGUGAAGCAGUUUUGAAAUAUUCGAAACGGAUAAUUUUUUCCCCAAACAUUUUGAAUUCAUGUAAAUGAUGUAUAUAGUCUGAUCUGUUGAUUGAUAUUGAUAUAAUACAAAUUUGAAAUAAGACGAUGAGUGAGUUUGAGAAGAUCAAACGGAGCCAUAUUAAGAAAGGGGAACUUUUUGAAGAUCCAGAUUUUCCAGCUACACAAGCUUCUGUCUUUUAUCACCAAAAGCCUCCUUUCCAGUUUGUUUGGAAGAGACCAAAGGAAAUCUGCGCAAAUCCUGUUUUCAUACAAGAUGGAACUUUGCAAUACGACAUAACUCCAGGGAAACUUGGUGACCAUUGGCUAGUCUCUGCUCUGGGAUGCCUAAGUAUCACCAAAGGUCUAUUUUACCGUGUGGUUCCUGCUGACCAAAAUUUCAGCUCGGAAAUAGAACAGUCCGAUAGCCUUGAUACUGAUUACGUGGGAGUGUUCCGUUUUCGCCUUUGGUGGUGUGGCGAAUGGCAGGAAGUGUUGGUGGACGACAGGUUGCCUACGGUCAAUGGAAAACUUGUCUUUGUACAUUCUCAGCAUUCCAAUCAGUUCUGGGCUUCUUUACUCGAAAAAGCCUAUGCUAAAUUACACGGUUCUUACGAGGCGUUAAAGUACGCAUGCUCCCAAGAUGGCCUUGCUGACUUGAUGGGAGGAAUAAUCGAGACUUUCAGUAUCCGUCAGGACCCAACCUCAUGUCUUAAAGUACUCGGAAGACUACUGAAAACUACUUCGGUUACAACCAGUAUCGUACAACAACAGAUGAAAGUAAGAAAUCUACCUGAAAAAUUAGCUAAUGGAAUUCUAUUAGGAACAAAUUAUAGAAUACUCUGCAUCGACAAGGUUGAGACUAUAAAUGGUGACCAAAUACAACUGGUGAAACUGAGAAAUCCUCUCCCGACUUUAUCAGAGUAUGUUGGUGCCUGGUCGAAAGAUUCUUUAGAAUGGGACAAAGUUUUAACAGAAGAUGUCGAAAGGCUGAAUUGCAGAAAUUUAAAUGAAGGAGAAUUUUGGAUGACGUAUCAAGAUUUUGUGAAAACUUUCACAAGUAUCGAAGCAGUACAUUUAGAUGCAGAGACCAGCAAAGAUGAGCCAACACUACGAGCGAAAGUGACUUGGCAAAUGAAAGUUUGGCACAGUCAGUGGCAAAAAGGAGUUACGGCCGGUGGAUGUAGAAACAAUUUAGAUUCUUUUCACAUCAAUCCUCAGUUCCACAUAGUUUUGCCGGAAGCUGAAGAAGUUGUUAUUUCUCUUAGUCAACAUAGUAUCUUAGAGCCAAAAGUUAUAGGAUUUGCUGUGUUUCCGAUGUGCAAAUCACUUUCAGUCGAAAUGAUGGACAAAGGAUUCUUUAAAAAGACGAAAUCUAUUUAUAGUUCUGCAUAUAGCAAUAGCCGACAAGUUUCUGGAAGAGUGCAUUUUGAACAAGGCAGUUACCUCAUCAUACCCACCACAUUUGAUCCGGGAGAUGAAUCGAGUUUCACGCUUAGAGUGAUUUCCAACAAGCCAAUAAAACUUAAAUUACUUGAUUGCAACCCUGCUGUGUUGAAACCUGCAAUAAUGAAGGCUUCUCCAUCUAUUGAAACAAAAAUAAACUCGUACGAAGGUAUAUUUUUGCAAUUAGCUGAUGAACAUAAAACAUUGAACGCAUUUGAAUUGCAGGAUGUCUUGGAAGUGUGUUUACCUAACGAUUAUGUGAAAAGCUGUGCAACUUUAGAAGUAUGUAGACAAGUGAUUUUAGCUCUUGAUACUACUGGUAAUGGAAGAUUAAAAUUUACAGACUACAAAAAUUUGAUGUGUAGCUUAAAGCAUUGGCAGGUUAUAUUCAGGGCUCAUACAAAAGGCACUGGUAGUGUUUUUAGAGCAGAGAAGCUGAGAGAUGCUUUAAUGGACAUAGGCUUUCAAGUGAAUACUGAAACUCUUUCAUUGCUGGCAUUCCGGUAUAUGAGGAAAGAUGGCACCCUGAGAUUUGGUGAUUUUGUGUCCUGCAUCUUACAUCUUUCGACUGCAUUCAAGACAUUUGAAAAGAAAGACCCUUUGCAGAAUGGAUAUGUAAAAGUCAGCCUUAAAGAGUGGUUGAGCUCAUCUCUUCAGUGCUGAUAGAAAUUUUUUUUUUUCUUCUUCCUGAAAUGCCAUUCAAAGCGGAGACAACUCGAGAGAUGCCAAAAUUAAUACGAGCACCAAACAGCACUUGUAUAUAGACGUUUCUUAUUAAUGUUGAAUAUAUAUAUAUAUAUAUAUAUAUAUAUAUAUAUAUAUAUAUAUAUAUAUAUAUCACUUAAUUAUUGUGAAUAUUUAAACUAUUUUUGUGUUCGACAUAAUCUG